ACAUGUCUAUUUCCUUAGAGACAUUGUCGUGGGAAAGACAAGAGGCGGGGGAUAGAGAGACUUGGGGUUUAGUACCUGAUUCUUUGAUCCUGUCGCUCUAGGCACGAACAACGAGGCUUAUUUCAAAGCUUGACUUAUUCAACCCUGUUAUCGACACAUCGUCUGCGUGGUAGAUUAUUUCUCGAAAAAUGGGUCAUAAAUCUAAAUUUACGUUCCCCAUGCCGGGGCGCUCAGCAAAGCAGCCACCCGCCGCGGCGGUCUCGAACCCGCUGUCGAAAGCAGAAAGGAUUUUGGGAACUGGCGGACAGAAUCUCGGUUCUCCUACUGGAACGAAGGACCCUGGCCGAUCGUGGGAAACGGAAUCGGCCGGCGGUAUCAGUAUAUCGAUAUCCGAGAGUAGCGCUAGUCAAUCUGGUGCUCUGGACGAAGAAGAGGAUGGAUACGAUGGAACGACUUAUGGUACAGCUCUGUGGGAGAAUGAAUCGGAGGCGCUCCCGCGGAGGUUGCGUAGUAAUAAUGGCCUUUUUAGUAAGGAGUUAAAGCCCAAGAGGUCAGCCGUCACCCUUGGUGCUCGUAGUCGGGAUGCUUUGACGGACGACACCAACGCUCAUCGGCCUCAAACUAGUUCUACCAUUCAGUCGCAUUACGAAUCGGAUAAGAUGCCGCUCUCGAUAUCGCAGCAGACAUCGAAUUCGGCGAUGGCCAAGGGACUCCCGACGAAAGCUAAUGCACUGUUGGAUAUUGACGGCGCACUCUACGGGAAGAGGCAGCCAAGGAAGAAGCCGUCCAGAUUAGAUUUCUCAAAGCUAAGAUUAAGGACUCGCAAGGAACAUCACAAGGAUUCCAAUGGGGUAGGGCCCGUCUUAGGAAAUAACUAUGUGAUAAAAUCCCCAUCUGUCUUGUCACACACGUCACAUUCUGUAGUCUCACUGACGCGAUUGCCUACGAGCCCUGGGGAAAAUGAACAGACCCCGAGGCCGGACCUGAUAAUACAGUCUCAACCUCCGGAAGCAUCGACACGAACAGGCCGCUCGAAAGUAAUAAGUAAUGCUAGCACAUUGCAUCAGCUCUACGAUCAUUAUGAGCAAAUGUCGUUUCGGCAUGCCGGAGCAUUGGAAGAGGAGGACGAGGAAGAAGAGGUGAUAGGUAAUAAGGGCCAGUUGAACCAGGAACACCUCCUGCCCCGGACUUACGAACCAACGGUCUCAGACGUGUCUCGUGAAGAUAUGAUCACGCCGCUACCGAAUUCAUCGCUUAGGGACCCGAGCUCCAGAUGGAAUCACAGCCGGAACACUUCACAAGCAAGCAAGGUCACAGCUAUGAGAGCCGAGACGCCGAGUACUUUGCAGAUACGUCCAUCAUCGAGGGAUGAAUAUGCUGCGAGUGUGUCGAGCCGCCAUACACGGACCUCGAAAGCUACGCCGUCGAUCAUGAGCACCAUGGAUUCUGAUAGGCAGCAACAGAGCGUCUUAUCGCUGACGGAUUCGGAAUCUGACGAAGGAGAGACCGCGUAUUCUGGGCCAGGUUCGUCACUGCGAUCUUAUGACAAUAGCUUUCGUGAUGAUUCCAGCGUCGCUUCGAGUCAGCGACAACGGAGCACAUCGCGACUUUCUAUUAGCAGCCACUCGACUAACCCUAAAGGAGCAUCGUACGCGCAACUUAACGACUAUCUCACCAUUCCUCAUGCCUCCCCGAAAACUAAGAACGUCCGAUCACCGUCAGCUAAUACCCUCCACUCUACUAAUUCAUCCUUAAGCACGGCAACUCGGAUCUCUUUGCCUAUCCAUCAGCAAGAUCCUCAAUCCCAAGGUGCUCGCGGGUCAGUUUCGACAGUAAACACCGUGGGCUCUAUUUUGUCUCCUACGUACAGUACCAAUACCCAUUAUAGCGUACAGGAAGCGAGAGCGAUUGCCUUCAUCCCGUAUGCUUCUACAGCAGAAGCCGCAUCAUCAGUUUCGGUGGAUCAAAUACCAAUCAGCUUAAAUCACGCGCUCGCACAGCAAGGAAGACAGCGUAGUUCGCAGAAUUCUCAUACUUCAGACCAGCCGACACCACCGCUGUCGCCAACCAGCGUGGAGUUCUAUAUGAAAUCGCCAGAGUCUUCACGACGAGAAUCCACAGUAAGCAAAGCAAGCGAAUCGCAGAACGGGCGGAUGAUGGCAGUAACGAAACAAGAAGAGAUGCUUCUUGCUGCACUGCGAAAGAAGAGGGCUAGGAUGCGGGAGAAUAUAAUCGCCGAGCUUGAGGAGGGUAGGAAUAGCCCUGGAGGUGCUGGCCUUGAGAAUGUUGAUCUUGAGCAAUUAGCAUCGGCGCAUUUGAAAGAUGCUGAGAGGCAGGCAACUAAAGAAGUCAAGGAGGCUCGUGCCAGGGCAAAACAAUCUAAUAAUCUCCCAAUGAGAUCGUCGUCACUCGUUGGGCGAGCUGGUCGGAGUUCUAGCAGCGGACACGGUCGAAUACGUAAUCAUUCUAACGGACCGCGCCGCAUGGAGGCGUCGCCAUCGGCUAGCUAUAGAGACUCGGUAGAUAGAGCCCCUUCCCGAAUGAGAGCCUCUCCCGGGCCCGAUUCUCGACCAACCGGAAAAUCCCGUCACGAGCGGGUGCUUCUCUACCUAGAUCGACCGAUUGAUAGUAUCGAUGUGAUCGACGAGGCAGAACCGAGCCCCGAUUUGAGCGAGUUCAUGGAGGACGACUUGGAGUUUCCACCCGGUGAGCGUCGAAGCAGGACUCGAUCGAAAAUCAGCAGUAGCCCGUACGGAUCAUCCUACAACGGCCGGCCACGACCCGACUCGAGCCCGAUGAGCCCAAGGGGGGUCCCGAUUAAGAACCUACCGAAGGGCAGCCCCCCAAUCAAUGAGGAUAUCGAUGCCGAUGAUAUAGACUUUGACGACUUCCCAAUGGCGGGUGGCCGACCCAAGCUUUCUACCCUCAAGCCGGUGCCGGAGAAGGGCAUCCCCAGACCGGAUAGCCCCGUUUCCCCGGCAGACGGAUUCUUAGCACCGUCUACUCUUGGUCAUAAGAAGGGGAAGAAGAGUGCUGUAAGAUUGAGCGCCGUGGGCCAGAUUAAUUCACCAGUGCCUUGGUGGGGAGACGACGACUGAAGAGUUAUAAUUCACUGAUUGCCAAGGACAACAUUAGCAACGAUCACUACUCCCAUCUCUUCCCGAGUUGUCGAGUUGGCAUAAUAGCUCGCAUCACAAUUUUCCUAUGUUCUCGAAAUAUGCAUGCACGUAAAUGGCUGUUUGUUUAGCGCUUGUUUUAUUUUUAUUUUUCACGACUGUCAGGCGAGUGAGGUCGGGUGGGAAAUCACACGGGGUUCAUAUCGAAUAUACUGGGAGCUCGGCAUCACUGCUUACGACUAAUACACCACACAUACCUAACCUAACCUACUAAUAUUAUUAUCAUGUCUCCUUCAUCUCAGCAAGAUUCGGAACAAU